CGGACGCACAGGCAUGCAACAAAUCCCCACACAAACACAAACAAACACGUACGCAGUGCCUUCAGAGUUGGUUUCUAUCUGAGGUCCUUGAGCGACAUGUUGGUGUCUCGCUGCACGGCUGCAGUGAGGAAGUCCCUCUUGUCGACCUGGUUCUUGUUCUUCCACUCGAAGUAAGGCAAACUCACCACCUACACACACGCACACCCACACACACACACACACACACACACACAGAGCAUCCUCCCUCUCCUGUGUGUGUCUUAAGUAUUCGUUUGCCUACCUUCCACCCGGCGGCCUCGAGUAUGCGUCUCCUCAGGCGUGACUUGAGCGUGAAGCGCCGCGACAACACAUAAAAGUGCGUGAAGCCAUCCACCUCCAGGACAACCUACAACCACACACGCAGGCAACGCAUAGCAUAUGUGGGCGAGGCGAGUGCCGUCGAUGUCAAAUAAAGGAAUAGCUCACCAUUUCGUCAGGUACGGCGAAGUCGACCACAUAGGGGUAGAUGGGCAUCUCCUUCUUGUAGCGCACCUGCAGGUCGUCCAGCAGGCGCUCCACACGCACCUGCAUCGUCGACGGAGUGGGGCUGUUGCCCAGCCCCACACCCUUCACGUCACACAGCAGCUUCGACACCUCUGCCGGCAAACCCCGCUCGCCGAUUGCUGCACCGAGGGCCGUGGCGCAGUACUGAAUGCACGCAUCGAUGAUGUGUAGCUGUCGCACACACACGCGCAGAGCACAGCACAGCACACUAGAGGGGUGGAGGACUCACGUGUGGACUCUACACCUGUCUUAUUUCAGGCAGCACAAGCUCCGAUUGCCUCUUAACGAUCUCCUUCAUGAGCCGCAGAAAGAGCGACACGCUCACGUCGGUCCGCUCGCCAUCGUCAGCAGGCAGGACGCCGCGCUCAUCACAUGCCAACGGGGGGUCCAGCACGUCAAGACUCAUCUACACACCAACACACACACACACACACACACACAGAGGGGCGAACAUGCAGACAGACACCCACAGCUGUGACAGGCUGACCAGUGCAAAAGUGCAGUUGACGAGGCUCUGCAGCGGCAGAUGGGCGAUGUGCUUGGGUAUCUCGCGAAACAGCAGCACACCCAACAGCCAGUGACCAUAGUCCAGCUUGAGCAGCGCAAACACCACCGCAGAUAUCAUGGAGGGAUCCACCACGCGGGGCCCUCCAAUGCCAAUGCCCCCCUCAGUCACUUUCUGGCCCAUCGUGUCAGCCAGCAGGUCGAGCGCCAGGUGGUCCCUGAGAUCGAUGCGUCCGUAUGCCGUCACGACGAGCGCCAGCUCGAAGACAUUGUAGAGGUGCACCGACCGCCGGAUGGUCUCUGUGAAGGCCAUCAGUGUGGAGUCGUCGAGGAACUGGAGCUUGCCCAGGUCGGACAGGAGGCCGCUGAUCUGACGGGGCGUCAGGGAGUGCUGCUUCGAGAUGGCCUGCUGACACAGCUUGGUCAGUAAGCUGUGCUGCACCCACCCACCCACCCACCCAUCCACACACACACACACACACACACACAGUGAGUCUGUCUGUCUGCCCGUCGUCCCUCACUGACCUUCUUGAAGGCCACCCUCGCACAGGCGUGGACGACAACACACACCUGCUCGGCCGUGAAGCUCCUGGCCAUGGGCAAGGCCAUCUCGGUGAACUGGUUCCACAUGUGCCUGUCCGUCAUCUUGGACCGCGACGCCUGGUCCAGCAGAAACGCCAUCUGACCGGGUUCGAGGCUCAUCGCAUCCCCAUCAGACGAGAGGCCCAGCCCGGAUGAUACUGAUAGUUGCGCCUCGGGGCGCGGGCGUGUGUAGAGGGCAUCUGCAUUGAGGUGCCGGACGGGAAUGCGAUGACGGCAUGGCGGGAGGGCGUGCUCGACGCCAUGCUCGGAUGGGAUGAUGAUGAUGUGAGUUGGUCUUCGUCUGAUGCCUCGGCUGGAGAUCUGCGCGUUCCGAAGCAUAACACAGGGAGGGGAAGAAGAGGCCUCGCGCAGUGCGGCAGAGCAAGACUAGAGAGAGACUGGAAGCG